AUGCCACACUCCACAGAUCCUCCCCCCGGCGUCAUCAAGGCUGAGGUCAACUAUUUCUUGGAACCUCCAGCUGGCGAGCCAUAUCCGAUCAUCUAUCCAGGACUUGUCGGCAGCAGACGUCGGAAGUGGGAUGUUCGUUCUGUAGAGGUCAAUGACUUACGUGGGCGUGAAAAUGAGUUCGAAGUCGACACGAACGGAUUUCAGGUCGUGGCGUUUGCCACUAAGGAGAAGGAGUACGAUGAUGAUGAUAGAAUCAAGCAGGAAGUCUACCCAGAGGCUGAGGAGCUGAUCAAAAAGACAACUGGAGCCACCAGGGUUCACAUCGUCAACCACAUCUGUCGCCGUUAUUCGACCCAAACAGCAAUGGACACUAUCAAAGACCUCCCAGAUGACGCCGAAAUCACCCUGCAACAUCCCGCAAUGGCUGCUCACGUCGACCAGUCCUACACAGGCGCCCAAUGGCUCCUCGACUUUCAGACCGAACAGGGCAACAUUACGCACAAGCCCAAUACCCGCUGGGGAAUAAUCAACAUCUGGCACCCACUCAAGCCUGUGAAGCGCGAACCACUCGCCGUAUGCGAUGCACGCAGUGUGGCUGAUUCCGACUUGAAACCUGUCAAGAUCCGGAUGAAGAGACCUAAAGACGGAGUCAUGUCAGAGUAUGACACGGAGCUGUGGUACCCAGUCUACAAACCCGAGCACAAGUGGUACUGGCCGAAAGGCUUGACGCAGGACGAAGCUUUACUGAUCAAAUGCUUCGACUCGAAGCAGGAUGGACGUGCGAGACGAGCUCCUCAUACUGCGAUUCAGACGCCAGAGGAUGAAGGACCAGCCAGGGAGAGUAUCGAGAUUCGAUGCAUGGUCUUUUGGGAGGAUGAGGAGGAGAAGUGA